AUACUACCUGUGUGCUGUAGUUACCUGCAGAGCAAGUCGCUUUAGGACAGUUUGGCUACUGUUGCUGUGACCAGGCUGCACGCUUUAGAACACAGAAAUGGCUUGUGGAGUUCAUUUGGGGUUGUUGCUGAUUUGCUUAGUUCAGGCAAAGCAUGUACUGUGUAUGUGGGAUACACAAGAUCACAGACCGCACAGCAUUGUUGGCUUGUUGCAACAGGAUAGUGGCGUUAGCAGCAGCUAUCCCCAGAAUCAACUCAGACAGGCUGUUCCACGCUCCGCCCAGAGCAGUAGCCACAAUGCAGGGCGUUUAGUUAGUGAUUCUAGCCAGGCAAUUUCUGGUAGUGGCUACAUCCAGCCUAGAAGUGGCAAAGCUGCCAUUAGGUAUCAGUCCAGCAAUGAUGCGUCUCUUCAGAAUCCUUCUAGGGAAGGCAAAGCCAACUUGGUGUUCCAGCAUUCAAAAGCACCGGUGGCUCAAUUCGCUCCCAAGUCUUCCAGCCUGUUUGGCACCGACGAGCUUACGCCACACAGAAGUCCUAUCAGGACGAAAACCUCAGCCAGUGUCGUAGCAAAAAGAGUGUCUCAACGUCAUGGCUCUGAAACCUUGAAACGUUUCUCAUCUCGCACAAACCAAGGUGAAAUGUCCAAACACAGUGCCCCAGCUGCCUUCCUGCCACGCAGUAUGAAGACACCUGACAGUCAGCACUAUGCCCCAACCAAAACCUACACCAUCCCUGAUCAGUUUGGUGGCUUUUCUAUCAAACGGCUGAAAGACCUUGACUUGGCCCCACAGAGCUACAAGCCUCCCCAGCGCCAGGUUAUCCCCCAGGUCCAGAGCUACGAGCCUCUCCAGCGCCAGGUUAUCCCCCAGGUCCAGAGCUACGAGCCUCUCCAACGCCCAGCGGCCCCACAGAGCAACUGGCCUCCCCAGCGCCAGGUUAUCCCCCAGGUCCAGAGCUACAAG